AUGGCAACAGCAAGGACGAAAUGGACAAACGAGGGGUGGGAAGUCAAAAAUGCUCCACAGUGGUAUCGGGGAAGACUAUGUACAAUAAAAAACGAUAAAGCACGCUUUAUAAAACCUUUCAACAAUCUUCCUUAUGGCUAUGACACAACCAAAGACGUGUUCAUGUAUCCUGACAACAUAUCUAAGUACGUUUUACCUCCUAAGGGAGGUGAUAUCAUGGAAUUUUUACUCAGUGAUCGAGACAAGUCCAAACCUAUGGCACGAAAAGCAAGAAUAUCCCAGUAUUCUCCACGAACGUACGAUGAUGUAGUUCAGUACAUUAAAAAGUUAAUCACGGAUUUGAAUUCUAAUAUUUGCAACAACAAAGUGCUUGUUGAAAUAUUACCAAAUAUAACCAUGUGGAGUUUCCUUGCUUCACCCGUCUUUAUCGCACAGACAGGUAGGUAGACUUUCUCAAUGUCUAUAUCACUCGCUCCUAUAUCUCUGGAGUAGCAAGGUUUUUUGUUCGAACAUACUUACGACAGCUUUGUCUCAAUAUUGCAGUCGUAACCAAUGGAACAAGUUUAUCAUCUCAAGCGCAUAACAGGGAUCGAAUUUUGUAGGCUGUUUUUUGUAGGUGAAAAUUUUUGCUGGCUUUUUUUAAGCAAAGUUUAGUUAUGUUCUGGAGUGGGCAUAGCCGUAGGCCAAGUAAUAGUGAUGUAAACCAACACAACAUUUGUAAGAACACAGCAAUACAUUUUAUUUGGUGCAGGAACAGACGUUAACAAGUUCUUUGUGAAUCAGUUCAAAACAAUAAGAAAAUAUUGUUGUGUUUUAUACAAAAAGUUUAAGUUCGGUUCUAUUAAGCUAGGGAAGUUAAAUAAUCUAUUUUAAUAAAUUUAUAAAUACGUCGUAAACGACUAAAAAUCCGUCACUGUUUACACAAUCACCAUGGUGCUCAGUUCAUUUUGGAUUCCUCUCACUAUAGACACUAGAGUACUAUAGUUUAGUUGGGAUCACCAGUCACGGUCACUCAGAGUCACUGCUUCUCAUUCCGCCCAUGCAAGAGAGGGUCUUCACGAUCACUGUCUUCGGAGCUGUCCGACCACUGAGUAGAGUAGAGUGAACUAACGAAAUUUCUUGACUCGGUUCUGGGGCAUCGUCCUCGAUACAUCAGCUUUCAUCUUCUCUUCAUUUUAAUCACUCUCCAAUUCUUCUUCGCCCUCAGCUCCAACGUCUUUCAACCAAUCUCUUAGGAAUUAUUCCCUCUCUGUCUCUCCUGUCCUCUUUGAUGCCUUGCGUUUGCUCUUGCAGCAUAUUGCUUUCGUUUCCUUGGGUCUUCCUCCGUGAUUUAUCACUAUUCCAGAGGUCCACCGCAAGCUCACCAAAACGCUCACGGCAAACAUGCAGGGUUGGACCUGUCACUUUAUUGCGCAUUAAAUCAGUCAAGUUGCGUUAUAUAGUUCAACCGGUUGCACCAGUCAGUCUUGACUACACGCAAGUAUGAAAUGAACGAAUCGCAGACUGCAUUGCCGUACGGGCAGCAGAGACACAGCUCAAUCAGUGCCACAGUUCUCGUGCUUCCUCCAGCUUUAUCUUCCAGAGCCUAGCUUGGCCACAGAUCCAUGGAGUCAAUUUACAGCUACGUUAAAGUAUGCGGUUGUCGAUCCCCUGCUGUAUGCUUUGAAAUAAAAAAUCGCAGGCAAGGUCGUAAAACUGCCGGCUAUCGCCAGCAGCCGGUGGCUAUUUCGAACCCUGGCAUAAAAAGCUACGAGAAAAUAACCAAUCCAGAGGCAGACUUGUAUAGCAAGUGUUAGAUGACCGACAUACAAUGUUCUUUGCUGUAACUGAGUAUUUUGCUGUAACUGCAUGUAGCUAAAAUAUUAGGGCUGGAAAUUUAAUCAACAAUUCAGUAUACACCCGUUUGGUUUCUGCAAUUCUCUGUUCUUAAAAAAACUCUUUUGGUAAAUUUUCCCGUUUUUCUUGUGUAUUUUAGGUGUUUGAUAGCUCCUAGCUAAUAACGCGGACCACUGCAUUAAUCAGUAUGGAAUUGUUUUAGUUUACUAUAGAGUUCUAUAGGUGCUGUUUAGCACUAUUGGUUCAUUACACAGGUGGUUGUGGAAACAAUUGACCAAUCACGAGUCCUAAAUUGGGUCACAUGUGUGUCAGAUCUAUUUUACGAUGUGUAUUGUGUAACCAGUACAAUAAAAAUAGGUACUCUUAUUAGAUAGGUCCCUUAUAUUAUUGAGGUUUUAAAAAUAAAGUUUGAGGUUUUUAAAAAUUAGUACAGUACGUGAGGAAAUGUCGGUAUUAAUAGAGAGAUACCGAAUUAGUGAAGUGUCCGUAGGGAGAGCUGGAGAGGUUGCCAGUUGUACCAUUAUUGAUCUGAUGUUGGUUGCUUUACUUAUUUGUUGUAAUUUUACAGAUGAACUUUCAAGAAUGAACUAUGCUGAAGCCUUUCUCCGCUUACUAACCCUAGCUUUACAUCAUGGGAAACACUAUAAAAUACUUCUUGAGCACAUGAUCAAAGCUGUAAUACAUGGACAGAUGUUUCAAAGUACAAGUGAGCAAUGCCUUCCUAUCAUUAUCGAGUCCUGUCAUUACAGUGGUAGCCAGUCUGAUAAGUUUUACUCCAAAGACUGGAAACAUUUUUUCGCUGCUACGCUCGUACGGAACUUCUGUCGUGGUGUAAUAUGCCAGGUAUACUAGUAUCAUACUAAAUUAUAACUUUAAUAUUUUCUUGCAAAAAAAAUUGACGUUGUUUGUGGGCAUUUGUCAUAUGGUCUUCUUUUAGCGACGAUUGAGGAGAUUUUUCCAAUAUGGCAUUGCAGGGAAAUCGUAGCGUGUAUAAACAUAUGGUCACACCUGAUUUAGCUUUUGACGACUUUUGUGACAAAAUUGACAAGUGAAACAAAAACUGAACUGUCUAAACAACUAAAAAUCGAACCAUCUAUACGCGAGAAUUGACAAAUUAUUCUUUCUAUAUAUAACUACUCGCAUAUAAUACAAUUAUACAACACAAAGGAUGCGGCCUUGACGUCUUUGGUUUUCUGAAUUUUCAAAAGUUUUAAAAAGUCUCUCAUGGACAUGGUACUAUAUUUUGUGGAAUAUAUAAGCGGCUACUUUUAUACUCUUGACAGUUAAUAUUUUCAAAUUUAUACUCUUUCUACUCGAAAAAUGGCAUGUCACCCCAUUGGCAUUGACGCCCUCUUAGUCUCAGAUUGCCUGAGUCGAUUUGAAGCUUUAAAUGCUUGUUACAAACAAGCAUUUAAAGUGAACGUGAGCCAGUUUUUAAGUGUUGAAAAAUAUGAAAAGUUUAAAAAAUUGGUCUAAAUAAUCAUAAAUAUUAAUUAGUCUGUCCGACAAUUGGUCAAAUGGUGAAAAUGAACAUAUUGUAAUUUGGUUUCAAUGACAAUGUAUCUGUGUAGCGUGUGCAGAUUAAUUUUUAUUCAAGCAAUCUGUCCCAAGCGGCCUAAAAUAAUUGCAUAAACCUAAGCAUUAUUCAGCAAAAUAAGACAACAAUGUUCUAAGUUAUUAAACCAUCUUUUUAUCUGCUAGGUUCCCUCUGUCGGUCGUUAUCUCUUGCCUACCAUUACUGCUCUGAGUGAAAAAACACCUAACCCACAAACUAACUUCUUAUGCGACAUCAUUUCUAUUACAUUGACUGGAGAAAACAUGUCAGAAGUUGAAGAAUGGAAGGAUCUACCGUUAAUACCAAGUGAACACGAGUUAACUCGGGACUUUCUUGAAAAACAUAAACAUCUUUCUCCUGUGAAUACUGAGACAGGGUAUGAAAGCUCAGAUGAAUAUAUGAAUACCUACUUCAGACUGCUGCGUGCAGAGACGUUUUCUGCAAUACAGCACGGUAUUCAAGACCUCAAGGCUGGCAAACUGGAUCAACGUGAUAUGAAUGUGUAUCAUAAUGUUAGUUUAGCCGGGUUUGAAGUUCACUAUGGUCGGUUUUCCCUCGCAAUUCACUUCACUUCUGCUAGACACGUCAAGAGGUGGGAAGCAUCACCACAACUCAUGUUUGGCAACUUGGUGUGUAUUUCUCUCAACCGAAAAUUUGAUGACGUCAUAUGGGCGACAGUCUCCAACAGGGACACUGAUGUGCUGAAUGAACAUCAGGUCAUUAUGGUGGAGGUCACUGAUGAGAAUUUAAAGAAUAUGAGUGAAAUUCUAAACUCAUUACAAGCGAAUUCAGGUAUAAUAUGAUUUAUAUAGAGCAACUUCGUAGUAUUUCAGAGUGCUAGGAGUAUUUAGAGCGAGCACAAUAUCAUGAACAUAUAUUGUAUAAACAAACAUGUUAUAUAGGUUAGCUUACCUUAAAACGUCGGGAUGUUCACGGAGCCAGCAAAAAUGUCUUGGAACCAGAUUGUUCAACCACAACAAGGGGUUAGGCGUCAGCUAGGGUUAAAGACAUUCACACAAAAUAGAGGGGAUGAAGUAAAAUUUUGGUGGGGUUGAACACUUCAUAAGGGAGGUUAGAGAGAUCUAGGGGGUUCACCUCCUAACCCUUCCCCCACCCCCAAGUAAAUCCGUCCAUGACUGAGCCAUCGUCACUAUACACGUAAAACGAACAACCUGUUCCCAGUUGAUAUCGACAGGCUUGAAGAAGGUUGUGCUGCACCCGGCCUAAGAGCAAGUUGUCAACAGUGUUGUCAACUUGUUACAGCAUUGUUCAGUUGUAGACGUUCAUAGGCUGCAACACAACCUUGUUCAAGCUUGUCGAUGUCAAUGGUCCCACAUGCCGGUUGUUCGUUUUUACGCGUGUAGUCAGAAUUACUAACAUUAUAAUACAUUUAUUCCAGGUUCAGCUGUGAUGGUGGAAUCACCAACGUACUAUCACGCACUCAAUCCAGUCCUGAAAAGUUUAAAAAGAUUUAAUAUGGAGAACUUUCCACUGCAAGAUGAGGUUAUUUAUACUUUACCUUCUCCUACUCAAGAACUGCCUAAAUACCUCAGUGAAGACAGGACUUUGGACCCCUCUGUUAUUUCCACGUUGGCUACGUACCGGCCACGUUAUCCUGGCAUAUCGUAUCCCGGAAAACGAAUGGAAGUUAAAGAGUUUCUGGAAAGCUUCAAAUCUAAUUCAAUGAAGACACCUCUAGAGGAAAGCCAAUGUGCAGCCCUCACACACGCUCUUGAGAACAAGUUGGCGAUAAUCCAAGGUAAACAAAAGUAGUUGAUGUCAUGUGUAUUAAUAGGGAGCUCAAGUGUUGAAGUUUACCAGAAACUGAUACAAACACAGUUCUUAAUCCAGUCCCCCUGCGGUAUUUCUUCACUCUUAAAUUAAAAGUGUACUUUAAUUUGAAGCUAAUUACGAAAUGGGGGAGAUUGUAGUCUGCAAAAACGCCUAAAUGUAUAUUAACUUCAAAUUAAAGUGCACUUUUAAUGUGAAGGAAUACUGGGUUUUUUAGAUAUCAGAAUUUUGGGUAUCUCACUCGAUAGAAUUAAAUGUUCUUUAGACUUAGUUCUAUCGUGUGAGAUGCCUAAAAUACUGAUAUUCACCCAUAUACCUUACAUUGGAAUCACCUUAGAAUAUAUACAUGAAUUAAGUUGUGGUUAAAAUUCGGAAACUGAGCUCUUCACUUCAGUUAGUUAGAUCGCUGCACCAGAAUCACAAAUUGCAAAUUCGAUUCCUGCCAGAGCCCCAGAGGGCCUACAGUUUCAUUUUUGCAAUUGCUCCUGGUCUAGAAAAUUAUAAUUUUUACUAUGACAAUUCCUUAUUCCUCAACAAAUGCUGGUUGUGCAGGUAUUUAUGUAAAUAAAAAUAUAAGAGUAAUUUAUAGAUACUAAAAGCAUUGACUUAGGGGUCAUACAUUUAGGGAUUAGCGAUCACAGUCUUGUUUAUAUAUGGCAAUAUGCCGUAAAAUUGCCAAUCAGAAAGAAACCCCUAAAUUAAUAGAAACUAGACAAUUUAAACAUUUCAACACGUUACGAUUUCAGAGUUAUUUAAGUGAAGCAUCCAGCUCUUUCUCGACUUUCAUCGAUCCAAACAAGGCGUGGGAAACUUGGAAAGAAAUCUUUUUGAAAUCGCAAAUAAACAUGCCCCACUUAGACAAAGAAGGAUUAAAAGUGAAUAUUGCCGAUGGAUGACUAAUGAGAUUGAGAAACAGAGUUAUCACAGAGAUUACUUAAAAAAGAAAGCGGUUAAUUUGAGUUCACCUUACUAUUUCCAGGCCUAUAAACAAAUGCAUCAAGGAAACAAAGAGACUUUAUUAUAACUCUAAACUAGCCAAUAGUAUAAACAGUAAAGAGAAUUGGCAAACAAUUAAUGAAUUAUUAAAUCGGAAAUCUAAAACAACAACGAUCAACGAGAAUUACGAGAUUAAUAUGAAUGGCAAAACAAUAGUAGGCGAUGAAGAAAUUGCAAAGGAAUUCAAUAAAUUUUUCUCUGAAGUAGGCAAAAAACUAGCAGAAGAAAUUCCUAGAUAACGAUAUUGACACUUUACAUUAUGUGACUACAGUGUCAAAUUAAUUUACUUUCAAAACAAUAUCAGAAGAGGAUGUAAACCGCAUUAUUUCCAGUAUGAAAACCUGAAAAUUUGCAGGUAGAGCUGUGCAAACUCCGGCUAUUUUAGCUCCGGCUCCGGCAGUCAAAACUCCGGGUCCGGCUCCGGCAAGAAAUGUUUAAGGAAAUUCCAUAUUUAAAAGUGGAAGCAGGCGAAAGUAUUUCAGUGUAAUUUCAGAAUUUAUCUUUUUUAAAAACCUUUUUAAAACACUAUUAAUAGUAAACCACAUAGUAAUAUAUAGUAAAACAACAUAUAAAUAGUAAAUAAAUAUAUUAGUAAACAACAACUUAAUUUUCCCAUUUAAUGCCAAAUGUUUGUUGAAAUAUGAAAUAAUUUUUCAUAAUUUUGUCUGCCGGAUUUUUUGCUGGAGUUUUCCAACUCCGGCUCCGGCUCCGGCAAAAUAUGCCGGAGCUCCGGCUCCGGCACUCCGGCUCCGGCGCCCAGCUCUAUCUGCAGGAAGUGAUAAAAUCUCGGUCAAACUCUUCCGAUCUAGCAGGGAAAACUAUUUUGAAGUCUUCGAAAAAUAUAUUCAAUGGUGUAUUCCCAGAUGAUUGGAAAGUUGCUCGUGUUAAUACGCCAAUCUAUAAAUCCGAAAGUAAGACAGACUGCGGUAAUUAUAAACCAAUUUCCCGAUUAUAUCAAAUGUAGCUCAAGUCUUCGAAAAAGUUAUUUAUAGCCAAUUAAUUACCUUUCUGAAUGAAAACAAAGUUAUGGCUGAAAAUCAAUCUGGUUUUCGUCCAAAUCAUUCAACAGAGACUACUCUCUUACACUCAAUAAUCAAUUAUUUGGACAAUAUGGAUAAAGGACUGAUAAACGGAGUAGUAUUUAUAUAUCUUAAAAAUGCAUUCGAUACGGUUGAUCAUGCUCUACUCCUGGUAAAAAUUGAACGAUAUGGAGUAAGAGAAACACCUCUAAAAUUGUUUAAAUCUUAAUUACUUACAUCAGAGAAAACAAGUUUGCAAAAUAAACAAUGCCGUAUCGGAUGCAGUUGAAAUUCAUUGUGGCGUCCCACAGGACUCGAACCUUGACAAUAUUCAGAAAUGGUUAACAUUAAACCGUAAGAAAACUGAGUAUAUGCUUAUAUAUUGUAACACAACAAAGGUUAGAUAAAAUCCUCGAAACUCCAAAGAUACUAUAUGGCGAACAUCAGAUAAAAAGGGUAAGGGAAAAAAGUGUUCUUGGACUCAUAAUUGAUGACAAAUUAAAAUGGAACAGGCACAAUGAUGAACAGUGUAAGAAAAUUUCAAAAAGCAUAGCCCUUUUACAAAAAGCUAAACUUUGUUUUACAAGAAGAAUUAGUUACAAUUUAUAACACAUUUCUUACCGCAUUUUAACUAUUGCUCUACUAUUUGGCAUGAUAAUAACAAAUCCCAUAUUUCGAUAAAUUAUGGAAAUUACAAACUUAUAUUAACUAGUUCUGACUACACUAUUAGAUCAUCCCAAGUCUUUGAAACCCUUCAAUGGCAUCCAAUAAAAAAUCUCAUGGAUAAACGAGAUCUUACAAUGAUGUUCAAAAUUCUAAAAAAACAUGGCGCCUAAUUACUUAACAAUAAUGUUUCGUAAAUGUAACAACUCAAUACCGAGUAACAAUUUAAAAUUGAGCCUUCCUAAGCCAAAAACAGAUUUUUUAAAAAAGAAUUUUCUCCUACCGUGGGGCUGUCGCGUGGAAUAGUCUACCCUCUGAACUUUUACGAGUGGUAGACGAAUCCCAAUAUAUUUCUUCUUUUCGUAGCUUACUUAAUAAUUAUUGUGAAACUUUGUAAUAGUUUGUAAUGUAAUGUCUUAGUUAAAUGUUGUAAUUCUUUUUUUAAAACACACGGCCCUUCGAAAAUCACGCAAGUGAAAGGCUACCGGUACCGUGUAUAAAUAUUUUUAAAUAAUAAUAAAAUAAUAAUAAUAAUCUGAAUUGAAACUUAAUAUGCCACUAUUGGUACAGUUGAAUCGUGUUUGGAUUGAAGUAUUUGUGUUGAAAUAUGUUGAUGGAAUAAUUUUGCCUGGCGAAAACGUACUGCUCACAGAGGCGUAGCCAGGGCUGGGGCCGGGGGGGGGGAGCGACCCCCCUGGCAAAAUUUUGGGGGGCCCCUGAUAAAAUAUAUUGUAUAAAAAAGGGAAUCCUUGAUUAUAUAGCCUCAUGCUGUCAAUAAUGCAAAAAUUCUGUAGAAUAUAUGCUUUGAUGGGCAUCGGUGUGAAACCUAAAAUCACUUGUUCGCUUAUUUGCGGCACACAGCUUGAAACACAUACCUUUUCUAACCCUAAUUAUUUCAAUAUGUAUUAAAUGUGGGUUCGAUGAAGUUUAAACCAAUCUGUUUUUUUACAAGUGAAUUUUUAAUGCGGACUCGGCAGUGGCGCCGUUGCCGGAGGGGAGGGGGAGUGGGAGACCCGUCGGAAAAUUGAGACCCGUCGGAAAAUUGUCAAUAGAGAGUUUGAACAAGACAACGAAGUACGAAGACGAAGGCGUACUUGCCAAUUUUUGCCGUCUGCACAUUAUCUUGCGCAUACUGAGUUGGACGUUACUGGUGGUUGCUCAACGUGUCUUCCCUGUUUAUGAAUACUGACCCUAAUUCUUGCCCUGAUCCAGAAAAAAACAGCGAGACAUGAAACUAUAUCCCGUCUUUGUCAUUCUGCCUUCGUUCGGAACGAAGUUCACAGCGAAUUUUGCCAAAAUGUUUGUGAAUUUUUCGUUGUGAACGAAGGCAGAAGAACGAAGACGAGAUAUGGAUUCAUGUCUCGCUGUUUUGUCCUGAUCAGGGUAAGGAUUUGGGUCAGCACUCAUAAACAGCUAAACAUAAAUCUCUAAUUUGUCUUCACGCCUGACCCUAAACUCAGAAUGCGUAAGAUAAUGUGCAAGACAGGCAAAAAUUGUCAACCACGGUCCACGUCGUCGUCGUCCGACUUCGUUCUCUUGUCGGAAUGUUGUCGUAAUCUUCGUGGUGAAGCAUCGGAAAAAGUGAUACGGAAAUCGGGGGGGGGGGGAGAUUUAAAAUGUUGUGUGGUUCGCAAAAUUUUUUCUUGCGCGAACUUUGCGUCUCGAGUCACUGGCGGCUUGGCCCCACCUGGGUUUUUGCCGGCCCCCUCUGACUGAAAAUUCUGGCUACGCCUCUGACUGCUCAACUUCUGCGAAAUAAUAUAUUAAUAUUAUUGAAGAAGAAGUUCGGAGCAUGUACAACAAUAUACAAAAGAACAAAUAUCCUUACUGAACUGAUUAGAAAUGGUGAAACAUGUUGAUCAAAAAGAUAUGGCAGGCAAUUUAAUCAAUGAUAAUGCAAAGUCAAAUGAGCAACUAGUCGAAUGUGGUAUUCUACAUGGAUAAAUAUUAGGACCACUUUUAUUCCUCCUUAAUUGUAGUGAUAUACUUAAGUUUAGAAUAUUUGCUGAUGACAUAAACAUUUUUUAUUCUUCUAACUUCAAUACCUGAUAAGUACUGAAUUAAGUAAAUAUUAUCAGUGAAGAUUGUAUGGCAAAUAAACUCACAAUAAAUUUUAAAAAGACAAACUAUAUGCUAAUUUACUUCAAUACCAUAGACAAAUACAUUAACAUACCUAAUAUUAGCCAAAAAAGAUGUAUUAAAUAUUUAGGAAUUUACAUCGAUGAACUUCUGCAAUGACAUAACCAAAUUACACUUGUCAAUAAUAAUCUAGGCUAAGACGCUAUCUUAAUAUUCGUAACUGGUAUUACACUCUAAUUUAUAUACCCUAAACAUAUAAUUCGAAAAUGGACCAUGCAAUUAUGAGAUACAUAAAGCAGGAGGAUCUUAAUCAAUAUUACAGAUUGGUCGAGAUUUUAAAGCUUGAUAACCUACUCAAAUUUAGAAUAGCUACGUUCGUAAAACAGCUAAGUAUAUAGUGCAUGUCACUAUAUGCCAGAACUAUUUUAAUUAUGAACAACAAUAUACACCAGUGAGAACAUUGUGAGGUUGGGAGAGCACUCAAGCGUUAGAGUUGUUCUCGCACCUCGACCAUCUCUUUCGUUUUUUCGUGCUCUCCCAAAUUGUCGCGUGCUCAAUAACUCGAAUGAGCACGCCAAAUCAUGAAACAUUUCUUAAUUUUUAUUCAUUUGUAUAGGGCCGCCUGGCUGUGGGAAGACAUUUAUUGGAGUAAAAAUUGUACAACUGCUGUUAUCCCUCAUUCCCAAGCUUGAGAAGCCAAUUUUGUUGCUGACAUACAAGAACCACGCCCUUGACGAGUUUCUGAAACACAUGUUGAACUUUUGCGACAAGGCUGACCUGGUUCGAAUUGGAGGAAGGUCAAAAGAGCCAGAACUCGAGUCGUGUAAUCUGCAAUCAAUCAUGAAAUCCAUGGCGGCAUCUAAGUUGUUCUCCAAAACCUUAUCUGAUGAGAUACGAGAAACCCGACAAAGUAUCGAAUUUACAGAGACACAAAUCAAAAGCAUGUCGUUAUCUUUUAACUCAAAAAGUUGCCUGACGAAAUCCAGUUUGAUUAACGAGCUGACAGAUGAGCAGUUACAAUCACUUAUUUUAGAUAUAAACUGGAGAGAAUCACAUUCCGUUUACCAAGUGAACGGCAGGAAAGUUCCCAGAUCAUGCAUCAAGAAUGCUAUAGACGACGUUUCCAAACGAUAUGGUUCAUUUAAGAAGUGCCUCGAAUGGAAUUCUAUCUGCCAAAAAGAUGACCAAGACGCCAAAUUGUGCUUUGAUGUUUUUACAGGAGCACUACAAGCAUGGUUGCCCGAUAGGCAAGAGCUCAGGCGUAUGAAAGAGUUACAAGCGGCAUUUAUACGUCAGGAUAUCGAAACCAAAUCACGAGAUGACGAAGCCGAUGGUGGCGAUGGUAGCAGUGACGAAGAUAGCGAAGAUGAAGAUUAUGUGAAUCAAUUACUAGAAGCAAGAAUGGUUUCAGACAAUAAAGGUAAACAAGAAGAAAAAGAAAAGAAAAAGUCUGGCUUGGUAUUAUUUUCAUCUAUCCGAACAAGGGACGGCAAGACUAUUUUGAUUGAAACAUCUGACUAUCCCGACAAUUUAGUAGCGAGCCCAGCAAUCCGCACGGCCAAGAAUCUUUGGAAUUUAGAUAAAAUUCACAGAUGGCAAUUCUUAUAUUGUAUCUUGGAAGAAAAAGCAUCGAGGAUUACCGAAACGUUCAACGAACUUAUCCAUGAACUUUGGUAUUUAAAGAGAUGCAAGCAAGAAUUGGAGAUGAGUAAGAAAAUUGGAAUCUUGUCUCGAAAGAAGAUUAUUGGGAUGACUAUAACUGGUGCGUCUAUUAACCACGAUCUACUUCACGCUAUUGGUCCAAAUGUUGUAAUCGUAGAAGAAGCCGCUGAAAUUCUAGAGCCAAGUCUUCUCGCCGCCUUGACGUCAUCUACUGAGCAUCUGAUUCUUAUUGGAGAUCAUAAGCAACUCAGACCGCAAGUGGAUACGUACGAACUAUGUCGAAACUUUCAGUUUGAUGUUUCAAUGAUGGAGAGAUUAAUCGAAUCUGAGUUCCCUUUCAAGUCGCUUAGAAAGCAAAACCGCAUGCGUCCAGAAUUUUCAGAACUUCUACGCGACAUUUAUCCAAACUUAGAGGACAAUCUUCCAUUGGUGUCUGUUAAUAAUGAGCCAUUAAAAUGCAUCGGGAAGUCUAUGUUUUUCUGGAACCAUGAAGAUCCAGAAAAGAAAGAUCGCACCUAUACCAAUAUCAAAGAAGCAGAACGCAUUGUAGCACUUGUUAUAUACCUUCUUAACAAUGGUUGCUGUCCAUCUGAGAUCACAGUGCUUGCAGCUUAUCUAGGACAGACUAAGCUUUUGAGAAAAAUGUUAAAACAAGAAAAGAAUAAACAACCAGAGCUUUUUCAGGAUUCUGAAUAUAACGAGGACGGUGAGACAAUGCAAAAAGAAAGUUCCAUUCAAGUGCAAACAAUCGAUAUGUAUCAAGGUGAUGAAAAUAAAUACGUUCUUAUAUCCCUGGUCAGGUCAAAUAAUCGUGGAGCAAUUGGAUUUCUUAAAGAAAUGAAUCGGCGUUGCGUUGCACAGUCGAGAGCGAAAUGUGGAAUGUACUUCGUUGGAAAUUUAAGCACUUUGGCAGAAUCGAAAGGAUCGUGUUGGUACAAGUUUAUAACGAAAAUUAUUGACUUUGGAUGUGCUGGGUAUGCUCUCCCACUUCAGUGUCCCAAACACGGAGAACUGUCCAAAUAUGAAGCUGUUAAUGCAGAAAGCAUCUGUGAAGUUAUAGCUAAUCCUAAACACUUAUGUAACAAACUGUGUGGUGAGCUAUACUCCUGUGAGAUUCCUCAUCAUAGCUGCAAGAAGCCAUGUUUCCCUCAUCAUCAGCACGAUAAAUGUCCAGAAAUUGUUCUUGAUAACUUUCCAAAAUGUGGCCAUACAUUAAAACGCAAAUGUCCCGAGGACAUUUCUGAAUAUCAUUGUAAAACCGAAGUGGAAGUAAUAUUGCCAUGUAGGCAUGGUGCGAGGAAAGAGUGUCAUCAGAGAACGUGUGAUAUCCUUUGUGAUAUACCUGUCGCGGUCACUUUCCCUCGAUGUGGACACAAGACCGAGAGAAAAUGUUAUACCAAGAUUGAAGAUGUAUCAUGCGAUCAUAAAUGCGAAGAAAUAAAUUCCUGUGGGGAGCACCGGUGUAAACAAAAGUGUGGAAAAACUCAUGAUCAUGACCACUGUCCAGAAUCCAUCGACUACAAAUUCGUCAAAUGUGGUCACCCUUCGCCUACGAAGAAAAAGUGUUUCGAAGAGAUUACGUGGGAUUGCGACAAACUUGUAUACUUCAAUGGUAUAUGCGAGCAUCAGAUUGAGAAGAAAUGUUAUGAAAACGAGAGCGAUGUUAAAUGUCCAGUCAAGCCAUGUGGAAAGCUUCGAAGUUGUGGUCAUCCUUGCAACAACGCCUGUGGAGACGACUGCGAUCAAGGAAAUUGUCAAUACUGUCAAGGCAUUCACAAAAAGAAGUUGAGUGAAUUCAGGAAAGCAGCAAAGACUAGAAUUAGACAGCUCGAAGCAAAAAUAACUAAAAAGGAUAUCCCAACGUUUAUAGUGGAAGAGAUUCACAGCACGGAGCCUACUGCCGCAGAAUACAUGAAAGUUCAAGAUCAAGUUACGAAAUUUAUCCAGCCCUGUCACAACUGGUUUCCAGCAAUCACUAAGAUUGAGAAAGUCACCAACCUCGUUUUAGAAAAGAAAUUUGAAGAAGCCAAAUCAAGAGCAUUUGGAGAUUACAUCGAUACAAAGUUUCAUGGAACAUCAGAUGAAGGCGUUAAAGGCAUUACGGAAAAUGGUUUUCGACUACCAGAUGAGAAUCCUCAGGAUGGUAAACGUGGUAUGUUCGGUCAAGGAAUCUACUUCGCCACAGAUUCAUCGAAAAGCGCGCAAAAAAUUUACACCAAAGGAUCUGGUAAACUUCUUCUAUGUCAGGUCAUUCUUGGAAAAUCAAAGAGUGUACGUGUAGCAGACAACAAGUUAAACAAAAAGAAAUUGAGAGAUCAGAAAUACGACUCAAUUUUUGCUCCUCGAGGUUACGCUGUCAAGAAUGAUGAGUUUGUGAUUUUUGAUCCCGAUCAAGCACUGCCACAAUACGUCAUUCAUUUUUCCAAGUCAGACAACCCACUACCACCAUUCCCCAAACUACCAACCUCAACGCCAUUUUCUAUAACAAACAGGAAAGCGAAAAGGACAGUGGACUUUCACGAUCCUUAUGAAAUGUAUUAUAGUUUUGCCGAGUCUCACUUCCGAAGAAUGGCGUUCACGAAAGGCCGACAUAUAUCCUUACCGCCGGAGGAUGCUGAGAUUUCAUCAAUCGACAUCGUCAUAAACAAAGUUCUUGAAGGAAAGUUCGAAGCAACAAAGCGUAGUUUCAGAACGCAAGGCAUAUCCGAUAAAGAAAUUUUGGCUUACCACGGAACAGAUCCAGCUAACAUAGACAGCAUUUUGAAAGAUAACUUGCAACUCGUAUAUGCUAAGAGACAAGUUUAUGGAAGAGGAAAUUAUUUUUCAGAAUUUCCCUCAGUUAGUUUGAAAUAUGGUAAAGGGCUCCUGCUGUGCCGUAUCCUGCCUGGAAAGGAGUAUGUGAAUUCUACGCUGAAUGUUAACAUUCCGCAAGGAUAUAAUUCCAAGAAAGUAUGGCGCCAGCAAGAUAAUUCAGGUGCAUCUCUCGCAAACCUUAGUGGUGACAUAAUCAUCAUUGAAAAUUCAGAUCAGAUUCUGCCAUUUUUUGUCAUCCACCGUGCGUCCUGCCCAUAAAUGUCUGAUGGCGGGUUUGAGGAAGAAAUUAUCACCUUUCCAAAUAUAUAGUAAGGAUUGGUUUGCCUUAUUUAUACGAACAUAACGUCAAGAAGUAGAGACCAUAUAGUUAGAUACUGUUUGUACGAAAUUUAAGUACAGAUGUGUCAUAACUGUCAUUUAAAGUAGACAUACAAUUUUGUUAAAAAGAAACUAGUCUGAGUUAGACUUUAUACUAGUUUUGUUAGAAAUUUUGUUAGUAGUUGAUCAGCUAUUAAACCAGUUUGAUUAUUUAUAAGGAUGUUUCGUCACAUGAAACAGUUUAUAAACUUGGAAAAGAAACAGGCCCCUGACAUUUCAAGUGUAAUCAGAAGUUGCCUCUAGAAGGGAAUGGGAAAAAUAGAUACAGGAGGUCACAGCGAAACCAACGACAGGCUUGUAAAAUGCUUUAAACAAAAAUAGUUUCUAGUGUGGGUAUACAGGUAUGAAAAGAUUUUUCCUACGCUUUUCUCAGAUAAAUAUUUGUAUAUUUCUUCAGGCUAUUAGUUACUGCCGCUAGCUUGGACCCAAAUCAGGAAUCCAAAUAUUUAAUGUAAAUAAUAUAAUUGAAAUAAUGGUGCUCAAUAAAAUUGAUUGAUUCAGGA